GAAGUUGGCCCGUGCCGUGAGGGGAGCGCUCGGCGCGGAAGCGGGACUCGGACCCACGGCAGGGGGAAAACGGCGACUAGAGCGCGAUCCCCAAUAUGGCCUCAUCAUCAUCACCUAAAUAUAAUUCAAACUCCUUGGAGAGCUCGUCAAUUAAAAGGACCCCAAAAGAUGGAACUAAAUGGGAACAAAAUGAGGAAAUACCUCAUCUACCAGGAGAAACUAGCGUCACAGACAAGGAAGUUAUCUACGUAUGUCCAUUUAAUGGUGCUGUUAAAGGAAGACUGUAUGUUACAAACUACAGACUAUACUUAAGAAGUGUGGAACUAGAUCCAGUUGUGAUAUUGGAUGUUCCUCUGGGUGUAAUUGCAAGGAUUGAGAAAAUGGGAGGAGCUUCAAGUAGAGGAGAAAAUUCCUAUGGACUAGAUAUUACUUGUAAAGAUAUGAGAAAUCUACGGUUUGCACUGAAACAAGAAGGUCACAGCAGAAGAGAUAUAUUUGAAAUCCUUACAAAACAUGCUUUUCCCCAGUCACAUAAUUUGCCUUUUUUUGCAUUUGUAAAUGAAGAAAAGUUUGCUGAAAAUGGUUGGAUGGUUUAUAAUCCGAUGCCUGAAUACAGGAGACAAGGACUGCCCAAUGAACAGUGGAGAGUAACUUUUAUCAAUGAACAUUAUGGACUAUGUGAUACAUAUCCAUCACUUUUGGUAGUCCCAUAUAAUGCCACAGAUGAUGAUCUCAAGAAAGUUGCUGCUUUUAGGUCCCGAAAUAGAAUUCCAGUGCUGUCAUGGAUUCAUCCAGAGAACCAAGCUGUUGUUAUGCGCUCCAGUCAGCCUCUUGUUGGUAUGAGUGGGAAAAGAAAUAAAGAUGACGAAAGGUAUCUUGAUAUUAUCAGGGAUGCUAAUGGACAGAUCUCAAAACUGACUAUCUAUGAUGCAAGACCCAGUGUAAAUGCAGUAGCUAACAAAGCCACUGGGGGAGGAUAUGAAGGCGAUGAUGCAUAUCCCAAUGCAGAACUCUUCUUCCUAGAUAUUCAUAAUAUUCAUGUCAUGAGGGAAUCUUUAAAAAAGUUGAAGGACAUUGUUUAUCCUAAUGUAGAAGAAUCUCACUGGUUAUCUAGUUUGGAGUCAACUCACUGGUUAGAACAUAUCAAGCUUGUCUUGACAGGAGCUAUUCAAGUGGCAGACAAGGUGUCUUCAGGGAAGAGCUCAGUGUUGGUACACUGUAGUGAUGGUUGGGACCGAACAGCACAAUUAACUUCUCUAGCCAUGUUGAUGUUAGACAGCUACUACAGAACAAUUGUGGGUUUUGAAGUUCUGGUACAAAAGGAGUGGAUAAGCUUUGGACACAAAUUUGCAUCGAGAAUAGGCCAUGGUGAUAAAAACCAUGCUGAUGCUGAUAGAUCACCUAUCUUUCUCCAGUUCGUUGAUUGUGUGUGGCAAAUGUCUAAGCAGUUUCCAACAGCUUUUGAAUUCAAUGAACAAUUCUUGAUUACAAUUCUGGACCAUUUGUAUAGCUGCCGAUUUGGUACUUUCUUGUACAACUGUGAAUCUGUUAGAGAAAAAGAGAAAGUGACUGGGAGAACAUUGUCAUUGUGGUCACUGAUAAAUAGUGAAAAAGCAAAGUACACCAAUCCUUUUUAUACUAAAGAAGUGAAUCGAGCACUCUAUCCAGUAGCCAGUAUGCGUCACUUGGAACUUUGGGUCAAUUAUUACAUUAGAUGGAAUCCAAGGAUUCGGCAGCAACAGCCAAAUCCCGUGGAGCAGCGUUACAUGGAGCUCCUAGCAUUGCGUGAUGACUACAUGAGAAGACUUGAAGAACUACAGAUCACAAAUAAUUCUAAGAUUUCCAAUUCAUCAACCUCAUCAGCAUCUCCCUCACAAAUGAUGUCCCAUGUGCAAACUCAUUUUUGA